UAAGUGAUUUAUUAGAUAAUCGAAAACAGAAGAUCUUGAAGACUAUUCGAAAUUCAGAAGAACUACGCGGGAGGGCCCUAGAACAACUGGAAAAAGCCCGGACCCGCUUACUAAAAGUAGAAAAGGAAGCGGAUCUGUUUCGAGUGAAUGGAUAUUCUGAGAUAGAACGAGAAAAAUUGAAUUUGAUUAAUUCAACUUCUAAGACUUUGGAACAAUUAAAAAAUUACAAAAAUGAAACCAUUCGUUUUGAACAACAAAGAGCGAUUAACCAAGUUCGACAACAGGUUUUCCAACAAGCCUUACAAGGAGCUCUAGGAACUCUGAAUAGUUGUUUGAACAACGAGUUACAUUUACGUACCAUCAGUACUAAUAUUGACAUGUUUGGAAUGAUGAAAGAAAUAACGGAUUAGUCCUUCUACUGCAAGGAUUAUUUUUUUUUGUUUGAAAGAAAAAAAAGAAUUAAGAAAUAUUCAUGGUAACCAUCCGAGCCGAUGAAAUUAGUAAUAUUAUCCGUGAACGUAUUGAACAAUAUAAUAGAGAAGUAAAGAUUUUAAAUACCGGUACCGUACUUCAAGUAGGCGAUGGUAUUGCUCGUAUUUAUGGUCUUGAUGAAGUAAUGGCAGGUGAAUUAGUAGAAUUUGAAGAGGGUACCAUAGGCAUUGCUCUGAAUUUGGAAUCAAGCAAUGUCGGUGUUGUAUUAAUGGGUGACGGUUUGCUGAUACAAGAAGGGAGUUCUGUAAAAGCAACAGGACGAAUUGCUCAGAUACCGGUAAGUGAGGCUUUUUUGGGUCGUGUUGUAAAUGCGCUGGCUAAACCUAUUGAUGGUCGAGGUGAAAUUUCAACUUCUGAAUCUCGUUUAAUUGAAUCUCCCGCUCCGGGUAUUAUUUCGAGACGUUCCGUAUAUGAGCCUCUUCAAACAGGACUUAUUGCUAUUGAUUCUAUGAUACCUAUAGGACGUGGUCAGCGAGAAUUAAUUAUUGGGGACAGACAGACUGGGAAAACAGCAGUAGCUACAGAUACGAUUCUCAACCAACAAGGGCAAAAUGUAAUAUGCGUUUAUGUAGCUAUUGGUCAAAAAGCAUCUUCUGUGGCUCAGGUGGUGACUGCUUUACAGGAAAGGGGAGCUAUGGAAUACACUAUUGUGGUAGCUGAAACGGCGGAUUCUCCGGCCACAUUACAAUACCUCGCUCCUUACACAGGAGCAGCUCUUGCUGAAUUUUUUAUGUACCGUGAACAACACACUUCAAUCAUUUAUGACGACCCCUCCAAACAAGCACAGGCUUAUCGCCAAAUGUCUCUUUUAUUACGAAGACCACCGGGCCGCGAAGCUUAUCCCGGAGAUGUUUUUUAUUUGCAUUCACGCCUUUUGGAAAGAGCUGCUAAAUCAAGUUCUAGUUUAGGUGAAGGAAGUAUGACUGCUUUACCAAUAGUUGAGACCCAAUCGGGAGAUGUUUCAGCUUAUAUUCCUACUAAUGUAAUUUCGAUUACAGAUGGACAAAUAUUCUUAUCCGCCGAUCUGUUCAAUGCUGGAAUCCGCCCUGCUAUUAAUGUGGGCAUUUCGGUUUCCAGAGUAGGAUCCGCGGCUCAAAUUAAAGCCAUGAAACAAGUAGCCGGCAAAUUAAAAUUAGAAUUGGCACAAUUCGCAGAAUUAGAAGCCUUUGCACAAUUUGCCUCUGAUCUCGAUAAAGCUACUCAGAAUCAAUUGGCAAGAGGUCAACGAUUACGUGAAUUACUCAAACAAUCUCAAUCAGCCCCUCUUUCGGUGGAAGAACAGAUAAUCACUAUUUAUACCGGAACGAACGGUUAUCUUGAUUCAUUAGAAAUUGGCCAGGUAAGGAAAUUUCUGCUUGAGUUACGGAAUUAUUUAAAAACGAAUAAACCUCAAUUCCAAGAAAUCAUAUCUUCUACCAAGACAUUUACUGAAGAAGCAGAAGCCCUUUUGAAACAAGCGAUUCAAGAACAAAUGGAGCGUUUUCUACUUCAAGAACAAGUCUAAAUAACUGGAUCUCUUUAAAUCCGUAAAUCUGUCUAUAUUAAGUAAGAAGUGUAUAUAAGAAGCGGAUCUUUUAUUUAAGCCAUUCAAAACAUCUUUCUUGAUAUAGAAAUAUCAAAUAAAAUACAUAUGGAAAUAAAUUGCGUCCAAUAGGAUUUGAACCUAUACUAAAGGUUUAGAAGACCUCUGUCCUAUCCAUUAGACAAUGGACGCUUUUCAUUUCAAUUUUUAUUUUUUCUUUUUCUUGUUUUCUUUUUCUUGUUCGUAAAAAACGAAUAUAGGACAGGGUCGGGAAUUGGGUAUUCAAUUUGCAUUUUAAUAAUGAAUUACAUUAAUUAUAUUCGAAUUAUUAAAUUCGAUUAUUUUCUAAAUUUUAGAAUAUUUUCUAAAAAUUUUAUUUCUAAUAGUAUUUAUUAUACCUAAAUAGUAUUUAUUAUACUUUAAUUUGAAUAUUUUUAUUCAAAUGAAAAAAUUCAAUAUUAUUUGAAUUUGUAUUUAAUAUUUAGUUUAAAAAUAGAAAAAUUUUUCUAAUAUAAAAAUAGAGAGAUUGUUAGGAAUAAUGAAUAGAGAUAAGAAAUCAAGUAAGCACAAGCGGGUAGCGGGAAUCGAACCCGCAUCGUUAGCUUGGAAGGCUAGGGGUUAUAGUCGACGUUGAUUCAUCAGUUUUAAUUUAACGUCUCUAAUUCAAAACCGAACGUGAAACUUUGAUUUCAUUCGGCUCCUUUAUGGAAUAUGAAUAAAUUUCCAAAUGUAAGAUAUGAAUGAAAUUAAAAAAAUUCAACCUAUAACAUCUACGUCAGCUUUUCUGUAUGAAUGCAUUCAAAACGACCUGCUUUCUAGAUGAUCCUUAUAGAAAAGAAGAGGAUUCUAACACUUUUUCUAGUUACUUCGUUCUCUAUUUCUAUUUUAAAGAAUCCUUAGGAAAAGCAUUUUGUUUCUACCGAGCUAAAAAAUUUGUCGAUGUCUCUAGUAAACCAAAGUCAUUGUUUAAUAGCUAUUUUGCUUCAAUUUUCCCUAUAAAAAAAAAAUGGAAGAUUUAGUUACGGUUAGAAAUAAACUUUCUCUCUUUAUCCAUGGAUUCCUUACUCAUACUCAUUCAAUUGGAAGUAUUGAUCCAAUUUUUUAAAAUUAUGUUUCGUAAUUCCACAAUCCAAUUUUUCAAUUUGUAAUUGACUCUUGGAUACAAAUCACGAGAAUGUAUAUUUUUCCUCGAAUUUUUCAUUGAGAGGAAAAGGGUUAAAUCCUUUUUACGAGAUAAAGUUUUUGAUCGGAAUGGAAUAUUCAUCAAACCGAGGGACCCCUUAACUAUAUAAGGGUUUAAUAGAACGAAUCACACUUUUACCACUAAACUAUACCCGCUACAAUCCCAUUAUUAUAUAUAAAGGGACUUUUUGUCGAACAAGCAACUCAGGUGUAAUUAAAAAAUAGGAUCAAAAAAGAAUCAUGAAAAUUAGAGCGGUACCAAGAGGACUUAAUGAGAUUGAGAUUAGGAAACGCAGACUCAUUUAACUAACUAAAAACCAAGUCUUUUGCUAGCGGUUUUUGACGGAUAUGGAUAUGACUUGACAAAACUAUUUAAGCCGUAACAUAAAAAUGCAUUGUUCAAGAAUUUAUGGUUCUUUUUUUUUUUUCUUAAUUUUUUAUUUAUUUACAGUCCCUUUAAUUAAAAAUACAAGAAAUCUAAUCAAAACAAUAUAAUAAAAAACGUGUUGGUGUAUUAUAAAGUAAAUCAAAGCAAUUUUAGUGUUUAAAAAAAUAUUAUAAUAAGAAAUGACAUUGUGAUUAUAUAUCAAAGGAAUCAAAACAGUCUUUCUUAUGAUCUUAUGAUUGUUUUAAUAUUAUUUAAUAUUAAUAAUAAGUAAUAAGCAUUUGUGUUUUCAAAUGUAAUAAAUUAAAUAAUUUAAAUUUGAUUUUUUGGAAUAAAAGAGGCCCGGCCCAGCUAGGUAUUGACCAGGCCAAGCCGCGGAAAGAAUAAGGUUUCUUUGGAAAAAAUCAAAGAGAUAUAGUAUUUUUUUGUAUUUUAUUUCUUAAUUCUUAUUUUUAUAUUGUUUUUUUUAUAUAGUUUAUAGUUAUAUUUCUAUAUUGAAAAAAAAAAAUAUAUAUAUAAUAAGAAUAAUUACUAUGUUCCAUAAGGUUCCAUAAGCCAAAAUAAGGCUUGAAAAAACCCUUCUUAUUAUAUAUAUGUUUUUUUUUUCAAUUGGGGGAGAGAUGGCUGAGUGGACUAAAGCGUCGGAUUGCUAAUCCGUUGUAUGAAUUUUUCGUACCGAGGGUUCGAAUCCCUCUCUUUCCGUUUUCGUCAAUAACCUUGUAUUUCCUUUCGAAUUUUUCGCGAGUUCCCUUUUUUUUAGUUAUUUUCUUAUAGUUAAAAGUGGGAAAUAGCUAAAACCCUACUAAGAACUUUUUAAAAUCAAGCAAAAAAAACAAAAAAUCUUCUUUAUUUUUUAUUCUUCACGUCCAGGAUUACGCCCCGGAUCAUUAGAUAGGAAUCCAAAGAUGAAUAGAGAGACAAAGAAUAUUACUACCGUGUAAACAAAUAGUUUUAGAGUAAGCAUUAAACAAUCUCCAAGAUUCUUUUUUUUAGGAAAAAAGAGAAUAGAUUCUCUAUUUGUAUUUUAUAUCGCAUACCCUACUUUUUUCUAUUUUUAUUUUGAUACCAAGAAAGAAACUAAAGUACUUUUUGAGACUAGAAAUAGAAAAGAAUUUUCAAAAAAGUUAUUUAAAAUACUUUUUAAUACAAAGUGGAGUUUUUGUUCAUUACCAAAAAUUUUCUUUCAUACCCACAAUUAGACAUUGUGGAAGACUUCAAGAGGUCUUGCAAUGGAAAAAGACCAGAAUAAGGAAGUGAAAUGUGGUGUUCCUGAUUUAUUACAGCUAUACCAGUCUGAUCUUAUCAUAUCUAUUGAUAUAAUUUUUUUGUUUUCAAAUAAACGAUGAAUUUGUCUAGCACAGUAUUCAAAAUCUUAGCGAAAACUUACAGCGGCUUGCCAAACAAAAGCUAAUAGAAAAAAUAGAAGAGGGAUUACUGGCAUAAAAUCCACGAUUGGAUUUAAAAAAGCGUAAGCCUCGGGCAAUUUGGCGAUGAAAAAACUACUUGAAGAAAGGGCAGAAUUAAGACAGAUACAGAUCAAACUAAAUAUGUUAAGCAUAACAAACAUUUUAUUCUUGAGGGUAAUUGUAUUUAUUUUGAUUGAGUUAUUAAUAAGGCGAGUUAUUGAUAUAAGGCAAGCUGAAUAAAAAGAAAUUUUAUAAAAAUAAAUGAAAUUAGAUAUACCAAAAGACCUUCUUUGAUUUUUUCUCGCCCAAUCAAAACCCCUUCAAUUCUCAAAUUAAAAGUGAAUAGAAUAAAUCAUACUUUC